AUGUGUGAUCGCGAUAAACACGGGCAGUUAAUGAGGGAUUGUCGUCGAUACCAUAAGGAAUGUCAAAUUGAUCGUAAAAGCAAUGAAACAUUCUGCGGAUGUCCAAUGGGUUACAAUCUUCGAGUGGAUGAAAGAACCCAAGGAUCCACUUGUGAACGUAUGGCAAUAUUGAGUUACGAUCCUUGUGCGAUUUGUCAUCACAAAUGUCAUAAAGCAUCAAAAUGUAUGCCGGCUACUGGAGACAGUAUUUUCGGUUAUUCGUGCACGAAAUGUAAUCCACGUUUAGGUUACACAGGCGAUGGCUUUGUUUGUAGUGAUAUCGAUGAAUGCGCUGAUGAUGCGUUGAACGAUUGCGACGUGCCGAAUGCGGACUGCGAGAAUCGUGAGCCGAUUUACGAUAACGAUCUG